AUGCCCGGCCUCGUUGACGAAAACGGCUCGUCCGGUCGCCUCCUCUUAAUCUCGAAUCGCCUUCCCAUCACCAUCAAGCGAACAGACGAUGGCCAAUACAGCUUCUCCAUGUCCUCAGGUGGUCUUGUCACUGGUCUCAGCGGCUUGUCCAAGGCCACCAGCUUCCAGUGGUAUGGGUGGCCCGGCCUGGAGGUGCCCGAGGCGGAAAUCGGUCCCAUGAGAGAACAGCUCAAAGAGAAAUACAACGCCUACCCCGUGUUCGUCGACGAUGAGCUGGCUGACCGUCACUACAACGGCUUUGCGAACUCGAUCUUGUGGCCACUCUUCCACUACCACCCCGGUGAGAUCACAUUCGACGAGGCUGCUUGGGCUGCCUACCGUGAUGUCAACAGAUUAUUUGCCAAGGAGGUGGUCAAGGACGUACAAGACGGCGAUCUGGUCUGGGUCCACGACUACCAUCUCAUGCUGCUUCCGCAAAUGUUGCGCGAGGAGAUUGGAAACUCCAAGAAGAAUGUCAAGAUUGGCUUCUUCUUGCACACGCCAUUCCCCAGCAGUGAGAUCUAUCGCAUUCUCCCGGUCAGAGAGCAACUGUUACUCGGGAUCUUGGAAUGCGACUUGAUCGGCUUCCACACCUACGAUUAUGCCAGACAUUUCUUGAGCAGUUGCUCGAGGAUAUUGUCUACUCCAACAACACCUAACGGGGUUGACUGGAAUGGCAGGUUCGUUACCGUCGGCGCUUUCCCAAUCGGCAUCGACCCCGAGAAGUUUGUUGAAGGCUUGAAGAAGCCGAGUGUUCAAGCGCGUAUCGCCGCCUUGAAACGCAAGUUCGAGGGCGUCAAGCUCAUCGUUGGUGUGGAUCGCCUUGACUACAUCAAGGGUGUCCCCCAAAAACUCCACGCGUUGGAGGUGUUCCUGACCGAACAUCCCGAGUGGAUCGGCAAGAUUGUUCUGGUGCAGGUGGCGGUGCCAAGUCGUCAAGAUGUGGAGGAAUACCAGAACUUGCGAGCCGUCGUUAAUGAGCUUGUGGGCCGCAUCAACGGGAGGUUUGGCACGAUUGAGUUCAUGCCCAUCCACUUCCUCCACCAGUCCGUCUCGUUUGAUGAGCUCACGGCACUCUACGCUGUCAGCGAUGUCUGCCUGGUCAGCUCCACCCGCGACGGCAUGAACCUGGUGUCAUACGAAUACAUCGCCACACAGAGAGAGCGUCACGGAGUCAUGAUCCUGUCCGAGUUUACUGGAGCCGCUCAGAGUCUUAAUGGAAGUCUGAUCGUCAAUCCCUGGAACACGGAAGAGCUGGCCAACGCCAUCCACGACGCCGUCACCAUGAGCCCCGAACAGCGCGAGGCUAACUACCGCAAGCUGGAGCGAUAUGUGUUCAAGUACACUAGCGCUUGGUGGGGCCAGAGCUUCGUGACGGAGUUGACUAGGAUUCCAACUUUUGAGGAGCAACAGGCUGAGCAGACCACCAGACGGGCGAUUAAGAGCGCCGCUGAGGGUGUUGCCGAAGUGGCCAACAACGGCGCCGAGGUGGUGCACGAUGCUGUUUGUGCUGUGACGGGUGAUGAGGAGACGGAACAGCCGCAACAGUGA